CCGUCAGUGCGUGAUAUCCUUCCGCGGGAGAGAAGCGCGCGGCCCUUUCCCUCCCGACAACACAGGAUGCAAACGGGCGGCGGUGAAGCUACGAGACGUUAACGGUCGUUAACAUUUAACGGACCAUCCGAGUGAAAGUGAGAAACAACCGAGCUGUAAACCGGGGAAAACAGUCCCGCCUCUCUGAUCGCCGACCGAUCCCGCCUUGUGGCCAACUGACAGAGCUCUGUGGAAGAAAUAUAAUCCGCCGUGAACCCUGAAACUGUGCAGCUUGUGACGGAGAGAAGCGAGAGAGAGAGCCGGGGGAAUGGAGCUCAUCACUAUCCUCGAGAAGACCGUCUCUCCAGAUCGGAAUGAACUGGAGGCGGCGCAGAAGUUUCUGGAGCAGGCGGCGAUAGAGAACCUGCCUACAUUCCUGGUGGAGUUGUCCAAAGUGUUGGCCAACCCAGGGAACACGCAGGUGGCUCGCGUUGCUGCCGGUCUGCAGGUCAAGAACUCUCUGACGUCCAAAGACCCCGACGUGAAGACGCAGUACCAGCAGAGAUGGCUGGCCAUCGACGCCAACGCUCGCCGCGAGAUCAAGAACUACGUUUUACAGACUCUGGGCACGGAGACGUACCGGCCCAGCUCGGCGUCGCAAUGCGUCGCCGGCAUCGCCUGCGCAGAGAUCCCCGUCAACCAGUGGCCCGAGCUGAUCCCACAGCUGGUGGCCAACGUCACGGACCCGUCCAGCACCGAACACAUGAAGGAGUCCACGCUGGAGGCCAUCGGGUACAUCUGCCAGGACAUCGACCCGGAGCAGCUGCAGGAGAACGCCAACCAGAUCCUGACGGCCAUCAUCCAGGGCAUGAGGAAGGAGGAGCCCAGUAACAACGUGAAGCUGGCGGCGACCAACGCUCUGCUCAACUCGCUGGAGUUCACCAAAGCCAACUUCGACAAGGAGACGGAGAGACACUUCAUCAUGCAGGUGGUGUGUGAAGCCACGCAGUGUCCCGACACCAGAGUGCGUGUGGCGGCCUUACAGAACCUGGUGAAGAUCAUGUCUCUGUAUUAUCAGUACAUGGAGACGUACAUGGGACCAGCUCUGUUCGCGAUCACCAUUGAGGCGAUGAAGAGCGACAUAGACGAGGUGGCGCUGCAGGGCAUCGAGUUCUGGUCCAACGUGUGUGACGAGGAGAUGGACCUGGCCAUCGAGGCCUCAGAGGUCUGUGCCUCGGAGCAGGGACGCCCCCCCGAGCACACCAGCAAGUUCUACGCUAAAGGUGCUCUGCAGUACCUGGUCCCCAUCCUGACGCAGACACUCACCAAACAGGACGAGAAUGACGACGACGACGACUGGAACCCGUGCAAGGCGGCGGGCGUGUGUCUGAUGCUGCUGGCCACCUGCUGCGAGGACGACGUGGUUCCUCACGUUCUGCCUUUCAUCAAAGAACACAUCAAACACCCCGACUGGCGCUACAGAGACGCCUCCGUCAUGGCCUUCGGAUCCAUCCUGGAAGGACCCGAGCUCAACCAACUCAAACCCCUCGUCAUACAGGCGAUGCCGACGCUGAUCGAGCUGAUGAAGGACCCCAGCGUGGUGGUGAGGGACACCACGGCGUGGACGGUGGGGAGGAUCUGCGAGCUGCUGCCCGAAGCCGCCAUCAACGACGUGUACCUGGCGCCGCUGCUGCAAUGUCUGAUCGAAGGCCUGGGGGCCGAGCCCCGAGUCGCCUCCAACGUCUGCUGGGCGUUCUCGUCCCUGGCUGAAGCGGCAUAUGAAGCCACCGACGCCGCGGAGGACGCCGAGGAGCCCAGCACCUACUGUCUGUCCUCGUCCUUCGAGAUCAUCGUCCAGAAACUUCUGGAGACCACAGACAGACCGGAUGGUCACCAGAACAACCUUCGCUCUGCGGCCUACGAGGCUCUGAUGGAGAUUGUCAAGAACAGCGCCAAGGACUGUUACCCCGCGGUGCAGAAAACCACGCUGGUCAUCAUGGAGAGGCUGCAGCAGGUCCUGCAGAUGGAGUCUCACAUCCAGAGCACCUCGGACAGAAUCCAGUUCAACGACCUGCAGUCGCUGCUGUGUGCCACUCUACAGAACGUCCUGCGUAAAGUGCAGCAUCAGGAUGCCCUGCAGAUCUCGGACGUGGUGAUGGCGUCUCUGCUCCGGAUGUUUCAGAGCACCGCCGGCUCCGGGGGAGUCCAGGAGGACGCUCUGAUGGCCGUGUCCACGCUGGUGGAAGUUCUAGGCAGCGACUUCCAGAAAUACAUGGAUGCCUUCAAGCCUUUCCUGGGAAUCGGACUGAAGAACUACGCUGAGUAUCAGGUGUGUCUGGCAGCUGUGGGUCUGGUGUGUGACCUGUGCAGAGCUCUGAUGUCCAACAUCCUGCCCUUCUGUGAUGAGAUCAUGCAGCUGCUGCUGGAGAACCUCGGGAACGAGAACGUGCACCGGUCGGUGAAGCCUCAGAUCCUGUCGGCGUUCGGCGACAUCGCUCUGGCCAUCGGAGGAGAGUUUAAGAAAUACCUGGACAUCGUCCUGGACACGCUGCAGCAGGCUUCUCAGGCACAGGUGGACAAGACGGACUACGACAUGGUGGACUACCUGAAUGAGUUGAGGGAGGGCUGUCUGGAGGCGUACACCGGCAUCAUCCAAGGUCUGAAGGGGGACCAGGAGAAUGUGCACCCUGAUGUGAUGUUGGUUCAGCCCCGGGUGGAGUUUAUCCUCUCCUUCAUUCAUCACAUCGCCGAGGAUGAAGAUCACUCAGACGGAGUGGUGGCCAACGCCGCUGGACUCAUUGGGGACCUGUGCACGGCAUUUGGUAAAGACGUGAUGAAGCUGGUGGAGUUGCGUCCUCUCAUCAAUGACCUGCUGACAGAGGGCCGGCGCUCCAAAACCACCAAGACCAAAACGCUGGCCACCUGGGCCACCAAGGAGCUCCGCAAGCUCAAGAGCCAGGCCUGAUUGUUGGCGGCCGGGGAAACGAGAGAGAGACAGCUUAGAGAGAGAGAGACAUCAGUGAACAAUGAGGACAAACUGCCCCACUGGAAUCAACUCUUGUGUCUUUGUCGCCAGCGUCCGGUCCAAGCAGAAGUCGAGUGACAUGAGUGUGUGAGAGAGAGAGAGACACGUGUGAGAGAGCGAGCGAGAGAUGAUGACAUCACACCACCUGCGUUUCCAGCAGGUGACGACUCCCCCGCCCCCCUGCCCAUGCCCCUGGCCCCCCACCCCCCAGAAACUCCCCCAUCCUGUGGACUGGACUCUGACCCCCCCCCCCCCCCCAAUAAAAAAACAAACAAUCUCACCUUCGAGCCCUCCUCCCACAAUCCACCUCUCUCGCUGUCGCUGGGCUAUCACAUGACGUCCCUGCCCCGCCCCGGGGAGGGGAGGGAGGGAGGAGGGGCGAUAGAUACAAAACACGACGAGAAAAUAAAAGACUUUUGUGGAAUCAAAGAUUUAAAAAAAAAUCCGAGCGGACUUUGUGGACUUCUGUGGAAAACUUUAGAUAAUUUUUUUGUUGCUCUUGUUUUUUUCCUUCUUUAUCUUCUUCUUCCGAGCACUUAAAACAGCGAAGAAGAUCCAGCUGCUCCGUCUUCAGUGCUCUUAUCAACAUCAACAACAGCACUAAAUUCCUACAAAAUAAAAGUUUAAAAAAAACCCGAAAAAACAAGCAGCAUCCGAAGAGGAGUGGUCCUGCUCGGAGCGAGUGCCAAACUGGGAAGAGCUUAGCGGAAAGUGAAAGGAGUGGAAGCGAGCUGCUGGUGAAGCGUUUCACUUUUUAUUUCCCCGCUGCACUUGGUUUUUGGGAGAAGGCUCACUCACCACUUUUUCUUUUCUUUGCUUGUUUAAACAAAAUUCAGAGAAUUGAAGACGUUUGUAUAAGGUUAUAUUUUUCCAUUGCUAUGAUGAAAAUAAAGUUAAAAAAACCCAAUAAAUGAUGUGAAACAUUCCCCGAGCAGUUCUGGUGAUUUCGGUCCUUUUUUUUUUUUUGGUCCGAGGACUAAAAUGUUUUUGGGACUUUGCUGAACAGUUUGUUUACUCGCCGCCACAAAGAACCAUGAUUAUUUUUAUGUUUUUCUGUUCUUUUUUAACUGACUUCAUGGCUUGUUUGUUGGGUAGCAGUAGCUCAGCGGCCGCUCCUCGCUCACAGGGGGGCGUUUUUUGGUUUUGGGACGUCUUUGUAGUUUUCUGGGCUGCAGAAAAACCUGCGAGAAACGCUCGAUGCCACCUGUCCGCCUCGCUCCGGGUCUGACCCGCUUCACUUUCCCUCUCCAACCAGAACCCCCAACACACACACGGAGACUUCCCGCCACGGCUAACACGUGGAAGCUCUCAUUGGGGAAAUAGUUGAGCUUUCCUUUUUUUGAGCUGAAAGUGAAGCGCUCCCAGCCUCGGAGAAUCUUUUAUUUUGUAGAGGCGAGGCAGCCGUAGGAGGACAGGCUUCCUGUGUUGAUGAACCGAUUUAUUGAUUGAUUGUGAAUCAUUAAAGCCAAUCUGCUUUUUAUUUCAUAUUCAACUUUAGUGAACUAAUAAAGUCUAUAUUGUA